AUGCCUGCCGCCCCGAAACAGAGGAAGAUCGCCAUCGUCGGCAGCCGCUCCGUCGGCAAAUCGUCGCUGACCGUGCAGUUCGUCGAACACCACUUCGUCGAGAGCUACUACCCGACAAUUGAGAACACAUUUAGCCGGAUCAUCAAGCAUAAUGGCCAGGACUAUGCGACGGAGAUCGUCGAUACCGCCGGACAGGACGAGUACAGCAUUCUGAACUCCAAGCACUUCAUCGGGAUCCAUGGCUACAUCAUCGUCUACUCUGUCACCUCCCGCCAAUCUUUUGAGAUGGUGCGAGUCAUCCGGGACAAGAUCUUGAACCACCUUGGAGCGGACGAGGUUCCACUAGUCGUGGUGGGCAACAAGAGCGAUCUCAAGCCCGAACAGCGACAGGUCACACUGGACGAGGGCCGGCAGCUGGCCGAGGAGGUCCACUGUGCCUUCACCGAAGCCAGUGCCUUCCUGGACUUUAACGUCUCGAAAGCGUUUGACUUGAUUAUUGCGGAGAUUGAAAAGUCACAGAACCCGUCCCAACCCACGGGCGGGAACAAGUGCGCUUUGAUGUGA